AGACAGGCUGUUUAGUUCGACUGUCUUUGCGUCUCGCGCGGACGCGUCGAAAGCGCGCGAAACGCGUUCCCGCGCUCGAAGUUCAAGACAAGUUUUUUUUUUCAAGUUGCAGAUUGUUUUUUGUAAGUAUCUGUGAUGCCAGUGUUAUUACACGUAUUUAAAAAAAAGUAUUUGAAACUUCUGAACUGAAAUAAGACUGAAGAGAUUAAACAAUGGCGUCAACAAGAGAUAAGAAUGGCGUGAAUCAAAACCUGAUGACGAAAGCUCCAUGGACGGACGAGCGCGGCAUCGGCAUGAAGGUGUACAACUUCGUGUCGGUGGCCCUCGAGAUUGCGGUUCUGUACGUAAAGAUGACGGCCAUGUGGAUCUUCUGCGUCUACCAGUUCUUCUUCCCCAAGGAGCCUAAGAGCAUCAAAGGCGAGAUCGUACUGAUCACAGGAGCCGGCCACGGCAUGGGCAAAGAGACCGCGAUCCGCCUGGGCGGCCUUGGAGCUACGGUGGUCUGCGUGGACAUCAACCCUCGCGGCAACCAGGACACCGUCAACAUCAUACAGGGGAACAAGGGAAAGGCGCACAGAUACGAGUGUGACGUCACAGACCGCGACGCCAUCAACGCCCUGGCCGACAAGGUGCGUCGGGAGGUGGGCGAGGUCACGAUGCUGGUCAACAACGCCGGCAUCAUGCCCUGCAAGCCGAUCCUUGAGACCUCCGAGAAGGAGAUCAGGGCGCUGUUUGAUGUUAACAUCCUGGCUCACUUAUGGCUCCUCCAAGCCUUCCUCCCGCAUAUGAUGGAAACCAACCACGGGCACAUCAUCGCCAUGUCCUCCAUGGCUGGUGUGGUCGGACUCCGAAACCUCGUGCCGUACUGCGCCACUAAGUUCGCGGUCAGAGGACUCAUGGAGGCUCUGCACGAAGAACUGAGGGAGGAUGCCAGGGAUUUCAGUGGCAUCAAGCUGACAGUAAUCUGCCCCUACAUCGUGGACACGGGUCUGUGCAAGAACCCUCGCAUCAAGUUCCCAGGGCUGCUGAAGAUCCUCUCCCCCGCCCAGGCCGCCGAGAAGAUCGUGGAUGCUGUCCAGCGCGACUAUGACGAGAUCACCAUUCCCAGCUCGCUUUACUAUAUCAACAUGUGGUGCAGAACCAUGCCCAGACGAGUGUCACUGUACCUAAAGGACUUUUUGGACUCGGGCCUGGAUGCGGACUAACUUUGACACGUUAUGUACAGUCAGCACUAUUGACUGACAGCGGCAACAACACCGGUACAGUCAGGUGGAUAAAAUUCUAUAAACACUUUUUAUAACUGGAAUUAAAAGUGACUACAUUUUAAACAGAAUUUCAUAUCGAAAAUUUCAAUACUGAAAUAACUCAACUCUUACCCGUAAUUUAUAUGAAGAAUACUUAUCUUGUUUCAUUGAAAUUUUAUCACUUGAUUGUACCUCUGUAUAGAGAGCCAGCCUGUAAAUUAAUUUUGCUGACUUUAUAAUUAUUAUAAAAUAAGGACUUCAGCUGACUCAAUUUUAUGAUACUAUAAUUUUAUUUUUAUUUUUAAUUAAAAUACAAUAUAGUAUCUAUCACGUUUGUUUAUGUAUGUAUAAAUUACAAUUUGUGUAAUUUCGGUAUGUUAUUAUUAACAAAGAAGCUCUAAACUCUUUAAAAAAAAAUUAUGAAAUAAUAAUAUUCAUGCUGCAAUUUUUGUGUGAUGUUUUAAAUGUGUGUAAUGUAUUUUUUACACAGAUCAUGUAAAUAACAAUAGAUUAUCACGUUUUAUGAUUGGAAUUGUGAAUAAACGUGUGUAUAAUAGUUUUGUAAGCCAAAAUGUGCCUGGAAUACCAACAAUGGAUGUUCGCGAGUCAACCAUAUUGUUACUUUUAAGUCUCUUUUUAGAUACUUUAUAAGUUACCACCAAAUAAGUUGUAUAAUAGUAGAGUCGCCGUAAAGUCCGGUUUUUAAUUUGUUUAAAUGUCAAUUAAUCGAUAAAUAACUCCAAUUAUUCUUAGGACCAGUUAAAGUUGAAUCUCACAAUUAUUUCAUAAAUUCAUAUUUUUUAUAAUUUAAUUUUUAGAUACAAUAACAACGUUUCAAAAACCUUAUUAAAAACCGGACGAUAGUCAGUUGUGGACCCUUUUACUUGGAAAUGAACUGUGAGGAACAGUUUUGCAUAGAAAAUAGUAUUAAACUAUUUAAAUAUAACUUAACUUUCCUUCAGUUUAAUUAAUCGCAAUUUUUUUUUAACGUUUUGAUCAAUAAAACUUUUUCAAGGCAGGGUCCAUGAAAAUAGGUUAUAUCCAUUUAUACAAACCCACCCUAGCCUAUGUCUGGCCUUUGUUUCAAUAUUUGACAUAUUUUAAUGAUAACGGUUAAAACACGUCAAUGUAGGUGAAACAAUUUAUAUACAAAACAUCCUAUUACAAAUUUCUGCCCAGUUUAAUAAAUAUUUGAUGACAAGUAAAAACAUUUUC